AUGUUCUUGCAAGAAUUAGAUCAUCCAAAUAUUAUAAAAGUAUUAAAUGUUAUAAGAGCUUAAAAUGAUAAAGAUAUAUAUUUAAUUUUUGAAUAUAUGGAUACUGAUUUGCAUGCAGUUAUUCGUGUAGGAAUAUUAGAAGAGGUCCAUAAACAAUAUGUCAUUUAUUAAAUUUUAAAAGCAAUAAAAUAUUUGCAUUCAGGUGAAUUAAUUCACCGUGAUUUAAAAGCUUCUAAUAUAUUAAUAAAUUCUGAUUGCUUAGUUAAAGUUGCUGAUUUUGGACUUGUUAGAUCUAUUGCUUGUUAAGAAAAUGGCUCCUUGCCUAUACUUACUGAAUAUAUAGCUACUAGAUGGUAUAGAGCACCUGAAAUAUUAUUAGGAAAACCCUUAUUUGCAGGAAAGAGUACAUUAAACUAACUUGAAUUGAUAUUAUAAUUUACUGGGAAGCCAAGUUUAGCUGAUAUUGAUGCUAUAGAAAGUGAUUUAGCAAAAACUAUGUUAGAAGCAAUUUAAAAUUACGGCAGAUUAGGCUCUAGAUCACGCAUAUGUGAGAUAAUUCCACAAUAGAAACGAUGAGCCGGUUUGUGGGAAGAUAGUUUAAAUACCUUUAGAUGAUAAUAAAAAAUAUAGUAUUAAAUAUUACAGAGAAUAGCUUUAUUUAGAAUUAUA